AUGGCGUCAUUCGCGGACACCCUCUACACUCAGGGCACGCGAGUGUGGGUGCCACAAGGCGUCGAUGCCUGGGUGCCAGGUAUUGUGGCCGAGGAUGAACAGGCAGGUGGAAACGGGCUCGUGAAGGCGGAACUGGUGCUCGAAGAAGAGGACGACAACAACGAGGACGACUUCGAAACCACCUCGGGCAAGGUGGUCGAAGUGUCCAAAGCCGGCCUUCUCAUCAGGAAUCCCAAGAUUCAAGAUGGCGUGGACGAUCUCACCACGCUCAGUUACAUGCACGACCCAGCCAUCCUUCACGCGCUUCACUUGCGCUACCGGCUGGACAUGAUCUAUUCCUACGCCGGACCCAUCCUCAUCGCACUGAACCCGUACAAGGAUCUGGGCGGUCUGUACAGCAAAGAAAUGAUGGACGCCUACGUGGGCCAGGCGCAGGGUAAUCUCUCGCCGCACGUGUUUGCCAUCGCCGAAGAGGCCUUCCGCACGAUGCGCAUGGAUCGCUCGAAUCAAUCCAUCCUCGUUUCCGGCGAGUCUGGUGCCGGAAAGACGGAGACGACCAAGUAUGUGCUGCGCUACCUGGCGGCCAUGGCGUCGGCCACAUCGGGCGUGCGAGGAGGAACCAAAGGCCAGCUGCCUCCGCUCGCUCACAAAGUGCUCGAGUCCACACCCCUGCUCGAGGCCUUCGGUAACUCGCGCACUCGAUUCAACAACAACAGCUCGCGCUUCGGCAAGUUCAUCGAGAUCUGGUUUUCCAAUGAGAGCGGUUCCAUCUGCGCCUCGGCACUUCGCACCUAUCUGUUGGAGAAGUCGCGCGUCGUGCGUCCUCCGGUGGGAGAAAGGAAUUUCCACUUCUUUUAUCAAUUGCUCGCGGGCGCCGAUCCUCAACUGAGAGCGCAACUGAAGCUGAAGAGACCGGAAGAGUACGCCUACCUGGCGGAAAGCGAGUGCUACACGGUGGAGGAUGUCGAUGAUAGUCGCGUAUUCAAGCAGACGCUCAAUGCCAUGCGGGUCAUUGGGCUGAACGAGAAGGAGCAACAAGAAGUGUUCAAAGUGGUCGCGGCGGUAUUGCAUUUGGGCAACGUGCAGUUCACCGAGGACAGCAAAGAGUCGGCCAAUCUCGCCGACGAGAAGGACCCCGAUGGUCGCUCCAACGGUCCAACCAACAACGCCUCGCUGAACAUUGCGGCGGAGCUGCUGGGCUGCAGCGCCGCUGAUUUCGCCAAGUCCAUGCGCGAGCGAACUAUCACUGCCGGCGGACCCAGCGGACAAGAGCGGUUGACGACGCCUCUGAACAAGGCCAAGGCCGAGCAGUCCCGAGACGCGCUCGCCAUGCUUCUCUACUCGUCCCUCUUCGACUGGAUCGUGCUCAAGAUCAAUUCCUCGCUUCACGAGGAUUCCUCCGCGUCCACGACGAACAGCUCGUCGUCGGGCUCGUCUUCUUCGUCGAUCUCGUCCUACUUUGGUCUGGGAGGCAGCGGUGGGAGCGGAGGUGGUGGCAUGCGCGUGGGCAAGCUGGCCGCUUCGCGCGAGGCGUCCUUCAUCGGCAUUCUCGACAUCUACGGCUUCGAGAGCUUCGAGACCAACGGCUUUCCUCAGUUCUGCAUCAACUACGCCAACGAGAAGCUGCAGCAGCACUUCAACCAACACAUCUUCAAAGGAGUACAUCAAGGAGAAGAUCGACUGGGCUGCAUCGACCUGCUGGAGAACAAGCCGAUGUGUCUCCUGUCGCUGCUGGACGAGGAGUGCCGGUUCCCCAACGGCUCGGACGCGUCAUUCGCCGCCAAGGUGCGAAAGACCCACAAGGAGGACGACUUCUUCGCCGUCCCGCGCUUCUCGCAGACCGGAUUCACCGUCAAGCACUACGCCGGCGACGUGACCUACGAGACGAAGACCGGCUUCUUGGACCGAAACAAGGACGUGCUCGUACCGGCCCAUCCGCUCAUUCUGCAGGCCUCGUCCAAUCCCUUCGUCAAGGCUCUGCUGUCCGCCAAGCCGGCCGCCCCUUCGACGGGCGCGGGUGGCUCGGCUUCGCCCGUGGUACCCGGACGCCUCCUCGGCGGCUUUGGCUUCGGCAAGGGUGGUGGAUCGGGCACGGCGGCAGCGACGGCCAGGUCGGGCACGGGCGUGGGCAAGUCGUCCUUCCAGUUCGUGGGCGUCAUCACCCAGUUCAAGGAGUCGCUCAGCCUCCUCAUGGACUCCAUCGGCGCCACCCAGCCCCAUUUCGUGCGGUGCAUCAAGCCCAAUUUGGAGCAGCGGGCGGACCUCUUCGUGAAGCCCCUGGUGCUCAACCAGCUGCGGUGCGGUGGUGUGAUGGAGGCCGUGCGCAUCUCCUCCGCCGGAUACCCCUCGCGUACCUCCUACGCCAAAAUCUACGAUCGGUACAAGAACUUGGUCAAGCACACGCCGGGGCAGGAUGACCGCGAGUCCUGCAUGAUCCUCUUCGAGGCACUCGGCAUCCCGGCCAUCGAACGCCAAUUCGGUAGCACCAAGCUCUUCCUCAAGUCUGGAAUGAUCGCCCACCUGGAGAAAGUGCGCACGAUUCGUUUGAAUUGGGCCGCAGCCGUCUUCCAAAAGAACUGGCGGCGCAUCGUCACCGAGCGGUGGUACGUGGCCACACGGCUCAAGGUCAUCCGUGCCCAAGCACAGGCCCGUGUAUUUCUGGCGAAGCUCGAGAAGGUGCGCCUGAGGAAGAACAGGGCGGCCGUCAUUCUUCAGAAGUACGCGCGGGCGUGGCUCGGACGCCGCCAGUACAAGUCCACCGUCCACGCCGCCGUGCUCUUCCAAAGCAUCUUCCGCGGAGCCUAUGCGAAGAAGAAGGAGGAGGAGCGGUUGCGACGCGAGGAGGAGCAGCGCAGGCGCGAGGCCGAAGAGCGUCGACUGGAGGAGUGCCGGCUGAUGAAGGCUGAGGACCACUACAGCCGCGCGAUGGCCAAGGAGUGGAAGCGUCAGGCCGAGGAGCAGGAGCGGCUGCGGCAGGAGGAGGCCGAGCGUCAGCGCAUCGCCGAAGAGGAGCGCCGGAAGCGCGAGGAGGAGGAGCGCAGGCGUGCCCGGCGCGAGGAGAAGCUGCGCAGGCAGGAGGAGGAGAAGCGCAAGGCGCGCGAGAUGGAGCAGAAGAUGAAGCAGGAGAUCAUGAAGGGCGACCAACAGCAGAAGGAGCUCCUCGACCAGCUCAAUGAACUCCAGCAGCGGCAUGAUGCGGAGGUGGAGCAGAAGGACAAGCAGAUCAGCAAGCUGGAGCGGAAGCACGAGAAGGAGCUGGCCAACAUCACGGCGGCCAUGCAGCAGCAGAGCGACGAGUCGGCCGAGCGCGCCCGGCGCGUGCAGGAGGAGAUGGCGAGCGAGCUCGAGCGGCUCAACCGCGAGUGGCAGCGCAAGCUCGACGACGUCACCUGGAAGGCCGAGCAGGAGCGCCAGGAGUGGGAGCGCGAGCGGGCCGCCUGGGCCGCCGAGCGCGCCCAGCUCGCCGCCGACGUCGACAAGUGGAAGCGGGCCAACGAGGAGCUCGAGGCCGAGCUCAAGGUCAUGGAGGAGCGGCAGAAGGGCAUCGUGCUGGAGGCCAUGAACAAGCAGGACGAGGAGAUCGAGACCAUGGCCACCCUCGUGGCCGGCUCGACCGACGAGGGCCGCAAGCGCCUCCUGGGCCUCGUGCUCGCCGAGGAGCGCGGCUUCGUCUCCGGCAUGCCCGUGCCCGCCGUGGUGUCGUUCAGAUUCCUGCGCCACUGGGGCGAGCUGUCGCUCUACCUGUCGGCCAACCAGCAGUCGUACCUGCUGCCCUACACCAUCAACAACUUCCGUGCGCUCAUUCAGAGCAACCUGCACGACAACUCCCUGUUGGCCUACUUCACCUCCAACAUCCUCCUCAUGCUCCAUCUUCUCCGCAAGGAACUGGCCCACAUUGCGUUCACGAAGACCAAGCGAACGCGCGGCCACGAGCGCAGCUUCUCGUCGCUCUCGUCGUCGCCGCGCCACCGGCGCUCGGUCUCGGUCGCCCGCAUCGCCGACGCCGCGCUCGAGGGCAGCGCCAGCAACGAUGCCGACGCCGUCGACGCCGACGCCGACGCCUACAUCCUCCACCUCCCGCCCCUCGACAACUCCAUCGUCAACCCCUACCUCCUCUGGAACAAACUGGAGGAGGAGAAUCUGGUGACGGAGCCGCAGGGCAAGGAGGCCGACGGCGACACGGUCGAGGAGGCCGCGGAGCUGGUGGACGAGGGCCCCACCGAGGGCCUGCCGCCGGUGAAGUGGUUCGAGCGCGAGCUGCGCCGGCUCCUCCGGACGGCGCUGACCCUCAUCCACAACAACCUGCGGUCGGCCCUGCGCAACGUCCUGCAGAAGGCCGUCUUCGAGAGUCCCCUCCGGCUCAAGAACCCGCCCCAGGGCAGUCGCCAACGCCGUCCCAGCAAGUCUGUGGAUCAGGUGCCCGAGGAGGAAGAGGAGGAGGGGUACAUUUCGAUCGAGCAGAUGACGACGAUGAUCGACUACUACCAGUCGUCCUCGCCCUUCUCCUCCAAGGACGACAGCCGCGCCAAGACGGUGAACAUGAUCAGCGUGAUAUCGAUCCUCAACUACUUCCUGUACGUUCUGCAAUCGAACUUCAUCGACUUUGCCAUCGUCAAGCAGUUCUUCGAGCACACCUUCUCCUUCAUCGACUCGUUCCUCUUCGACAUCCUGCUCCUGAGGAAGGACCUCUGCAGCCGCAACAAGGGAUACGAAAUCAGGGUGAACAUGCGCAAGCUGGAGCGGUGGGCCGAGGAGACUGGCGCCGAUUGGGUGGGCCGCGCUGGCUCGUGCCUGGGCCACAUCCAGCAGGCCACCGGCGUGCUCCUCAUGUCCUACGCCGAGAAGCGCCAGCUCUGCACUGAUCUCAACACCCGCCGCGCCAAGUGUGCGUCGUUGAAUGUGUUCCAGAUUCGUCAACUGCUGUCGAUGUACACGCCCGACGAAGGCGAGGACAAGAUCCCGCUCGACCUCAUGGCCCGCCUCUACGAAGGCGUCGGCGGCUCGUCCGGCAGCGGCGACCGGUCCGGCCGCCGGAGGCCGCGGCAGCUGCCGCCGCCUGCCGACCAGGGCGCCCUGCUCAUCGACUCAGCCGUGGUGGGCGAGGUGAGCAUCGCGACGAUGCACUACGUCGAGUGCAAGGACGUGCUGGCGCUGCCGUUGCCGCAGACCAUCAAGCAGUCCCUGCAGGCCCACGAGAAGGAGAAGGAGGAAGAGCUUCGCAAGCUCCAGCAGCGCGCCGACGAGGACGUCAAGAAGAAGCGACGCCUCCAGAGCCGCAAGUCCAUGGUCUUCUGGUAG